AUGAUUACCACAAUCACAGUUAUCAUCAUCAGCAUUACCUCGAAGAUCACUAUCAUCAUCAUCAUCAUUUUCAGGAAUAUCACUACCGGCACCUCCAGUAUCAUCCUCGCCAUCUUUAUCGUCAUCAUCACCAUGAUUAUCAUUAUCACGAUUAUCAUCAUUAUCGUCGUCAUCAUCAUCAUUGAUACCGUUAUCACCAUCAUCGUUGAAAGUAUCAUUUACAUGACUUUCAUUAUCAUCGUUGCUAUCAUUAUCAUCACCAUCGCCAUCAUUGCCAUGAUUGUCACAACUAUCAUCAGCAUCAUGACCCCCACCAAGAUUGAACUCAUCAUUGCACGAUUGAUAAUAAUAAUAAUAAUGGCAAUGGUGAUGAUGGUGACGAAGCUGAAAUCCAACAUCUUUAACUUACACCUAAAAACCCAUUUUAUAUCAAAUAUCGAUGACGAUAGUGAUGAUGAUGGUGAUGGGGUUUGUGGUGUUAACGAUGUCGAUGAUGAUCGUGGUGAUGAUGUUGAUGAUGGUGGCAAUGGUGAGGGCGGUGGUGGUGAUGAUGAUGAUGGUGAUGGUGGUGGUAGCUGUGAUGAUGAUGGUGACAAUGUUGGUGGUGGUGGUGGUGGAGGAUUGUGA